AUGGGUGCUGCAGAGCUUCAAGAUGAGUUGACGCGUCGUCGUGAGCGAGGCAGACGCUCACAGGCAGCUUUUCGCAAGCGGCAAGCUCAGUCAAACCACGCGCUGGCGGAUCAAAAUGCGCGGCUGAAGCAGGGCAUUAAGAGAUUACUUGAUGCAGCUCAAGGCGAUGAACGACCAGAGAUGCUUGACAUCCUUCGUGAGCUUGCACUUGCUGCAGAUAUCGAAGCUCCACCAAGCGUCUCCCAGAUAGAGACAGCGUGCUCUGGCAACGAUACUUCGGAUAACGACACUACUACUGCAAACGAAAAGAGUAUCCAGAGCUUGUACAGCGACAUCCCUCUACCAGUGACUCCCUCGCAAUCAACCCAGUAUCGUCUGGAGUGCAGCAUGUGGCUAGACCCAUUACAUUACCUACGCGUCUCGUUACCGCCUCAAGACAUCUUACCAUACCUCGGGGCCGGCGCUGAGACCUUUGCAGGUCUUCUUUUCUGGUCAGUCAUGGAGCAUUACCAGACAGUCUGCACGCAACACAACGCCAAAACAGUCAUCCAAAAAGGUCUGAAGCAUUCAAAAGCCACGCAGGAUAUCAAGCCGUCGUUCAUCGAAACCAUGGCAAAGGCAAGAGUUGAGUAUAAACAAACGGGUUCCAUAAGCCAAGCCCAUGCUGUUGCUGCUGAAAAGGAUCUGGGACUUGUACUGUGCAAUCUGAUCGAGACAGAGUAUCGCUGCACAGGCAAGGAUCCAGAUCAAUGGCUAUCGUGCAUUGGGAUUGAGAAACGGCUAAGGAAGACAAUGAGUAAUGAUUUGUUAGAGAGUUUGAGAAAUGCUGCGCUUGGUGAUGGAAAUGCAGUUUUGCACUAUCAGCUGGAGGAUGUCAAGUGCAGGCUGUACGACAGCUGUGUCUGUUUUGGAGAUGGACCUCGAUGGGAUGUGAAGAUGGUUGAUGAGCUAUUUGCUCCUGUUAUAAGAUAUCGAGGAGAAAAGAGAAUGUUAAAAUGA